AUGUCUAUUCCGAAUAGUACACUUCUCUACACAAAUCAUAUCAAAUUUACAUUGACUGCAGCUGAUCGUUCAACUACUCCAAACGCAGUAAAUGCUAGCGCAUCCUUAUCAACGAUGGAUGGCAUUCCUAAUUCCACUAUUACAACAACUAACACGAUUAUCAACGCACUACGGCCUGUGCAACCAACAGUUCAAGCAAAAGAUGCACCAUCCAAAAGGCAAUCUGAUUCGGGUUCGGGUUUAUCAGCAGGUGCAAUUACUGGCAUUGUCAUUGGUAUUGUUAUCCUACUUUGUUGCUGUUGUGCAGGAGGCAGUGCAGCUGUAACCGGAACUUGGUAUUUUGUAUCAGACUAA